AUGAUGACAUAUAAUUUUACCUCGGAAAACACGUGGCUUACGAUGCUUGACGGUGUUCGUCUUUCGGCUACACUCGUGAUUCCGAUAUCACAACGAGACACCAAUGAAAAUUUUCCUGUUCUACUCGAAUACAAGCCUUAUAGAAAAGAUGAUAGCUUCUUUAAUAUCAAUCAGCCCAAAAUUCACUAUCAAGCACAGCGAGGCUUCAUAGUAGCCCUGGUUGAUAUACGCGGUACUGGCGCGUCUGAAGGUGUCCUCAUCGAGUACGAAUACACUUCGCAAGAGUUAAAUGAUUGUGAACAUGUCAUUGAACUACUUGCUGCUCAUCCUCGCUCAAAUGGCCGCGUCGGUAUGUACGGUUUAAGCUGGUCCGCUUUCAACUCUCUUAUGAUGGCCACAUUGCGACGACCACCUGCUUUGCAUGCUGUUUUCGCUGCACAUGGUUCUGACGAUUUGUAUAACAAUGAUGUUCAUUAUGGCGAUGGAAUUCUCCAUCAAGACGAAUAA